AUGGCCUUCCGAAGCAGCCCGGCCGUUCAACAGGGCCUCUCGAGCCUCUUGCAGAAGCGUGCCGAUGACGUCGUCUUUACCACGGCGCUGCGGACGCCCAUCGCCCGCAUGAAGAAGGGCUUCAAGGACGCCUACCCCGAGGAGCUCCUGGCGCACGUCCUCCGGCGCACCCGCGAACGCCUCGAGUCGCGCGGCGUCGACAAGAGCAUCAUCGAGGAUAUCUGCACCGGCACCGUGCUCAUGGAGCUCGGCGGCGCCAAAUCGGGCAGGAUGGCGGCGCUUCACGCCGGCAUGCCCGUCACGUCGGCCUACAAGUCGGUCAACCGCCAGUGCGCCAGCUCGCUGCAGAGCAUCACCGACAUUGCCAACGCCAUCAAGGUCGGCGAGAUCAGGUGCGGCGUCGCCGCGGGAGUCGAGAGCAUGACGCGCAACUACGGCUCGAGGGCCAUCCCCGUCGACCUCAGCCCAGACUUUAAGAGCAGCCCGGUGCAGGACGCCGUCGACUGCAUCAUGCCCAUGGGCGAGACGAGCGAGCGCGUGGCCGAGCGGUGGAACAUCGGCAGGCAGAGGCAGGACGAGUUUGCGGCCAUCUCGCACCUCAAGGCCGACGCGGCCCAAAAGGACGGCCGGCUCGCCUCGGAGAUUGAGCCCAUCGAGGUCCGCUGGGUCGACGACGAGACGGGCAAGCAGACGACCAGGCUCAUCAGCCACGACGAGGGCAUCCGCGCCGGCACCACGGCCGACAAGCUGGCCAAGCUCAAGCCCGUCUUCCGCGAGAAUGGCUUCAGCACCGCCGGCAACUCGUCGCAGGUCAGCGACGGCGCCGUCGCCCUCACCAUGGCGCGCCGCGACGUGGCCGAGGCGGCGGGCAUGGAGAUCCUCGGCCGCUGGGUAGGCACCGCCACCAUGGGCGUCAGGCCCGACGUCAUGGGCAUCGGUCCGGCAUUUGCCGUGCCCAAGCUGCUCGAGCGCUUCCAGCUCAAGGCCGACGACAUUGACCUGUGGGAGCUCAACGAGGCCUUUGCCUCCCAGGCCCUCAUGGUCAUCGACACGCUCAAGCUCGAUAUGGCAAAGGUCAACCCAAAGGGCGGCGCCAUCGCCCUCGGUCACCCGCUUGGCGCCUCGGGCGGCCGACUCGUCACCAGCCUCCUCUCGGAGCUCCGCAGGACCGGGCAGCAGGUCGGCGUCGCCACUCUCUGCUGCGGCACCGGCUACGGCAAGGCCAGCUUGAUCAUCGCCGAGUGA